AUGCAAGGCAUGUUGUUGGAAGCGACUCCUCCGGCAGCGCCGCCGGACCGGCCGUUGUCGGGUUGGGUGCUGGCUGCGAGCGUGCUAGUGGCCGCCCGCCUCGGCCGCGCAGCCUCAGACGCCGCUGCCUUCGACAUGGCACACCUGCAGAGGGAAGUGGAGCGAUCGUGGGAGUCGCGGUCGGAGGCGCUGCGACGCAGUCGGGCGGCCGACCCGGAGGUGGCAGCGGCCGCGGAGGCGCGCAUGGCCCAGGCCCGCGAGCGGGCCGCAGCGGCGCAGCGCGAACGCGAGCAGAGGGACGCCGCCCUGCUGAAAGCGGCAGAGAGGGAGCGGCAGAAGGCGCAGGCGGCCGCGGCGGCGGAGCGGGCGGCGUUUGAGGCGCAGGAGGCGCAGAUGGCGGCUGAGCUCGCGCAGCGCACGCAGCAGGAGCGCCGCCUGCUGCAGGAGGCCGCCGAACGCGCGCGAAUCGCCGCCGAGGAGCGCCGAAAGGAGGCGGAGGCGGCGGCGGCUGCGGCGGAGGCGGAGCGACAGAGAGCAGAGGAGGAGGAGAGGCGGCGUAAGGAGCAGGAGAGGGCCGAGCGCGAGGCCGAGAAGAAAGCGCUGCGGCGGCUGCAGAAGAAGUACGCCGUGCGCCUGCUGGGCUCCCUGGAGGUCGCCCGCCCUCCCAAGGGCGCAAUGACAGAGGAGCGGCUGCCAAAAGAGGCGGCGGUGGAGGUGACCCUGACGGUGGGCAGCGCGCUCGGCGGCGAGGCAGAGCCGCUCAAGCUCUUGUUCGCAAGUUUAGACGCGGCCCGGGACGCCGCGGAGGAUGCAGCCGGCCGCGCGUGCUCUGCCGCGUCGCAGCUGUACGGCAGCUCCGGAGCUCUGCAGGACAUGGGCGAGGUGGAGCUGCAGCACUGGCUGCGAACAGCGGCCGCACGCUCAGCGUUCGUCGGCGCAUCUCACCUGCGCUCCCUGCUAGACGCCCAUGCGAGGCAACCAAAGCAGCGACACCAGAAAAGCUUUGAGGUGCGGACAGAGCGGGGGGUCCUGCCAGAGGAGCAUCCCCAGAGGGUGGAUGCUCGCCUGGCAACGGCCAUCGCAGCGCUGCAGCGAGAAGACGAGGCCACGGCCACCGCUGUGCUCACGGCAUACAUGGCCGACGAAGAGGAGCUCAUUCGCAAGGAUGGUGGUGGCUGCGUGGCGGAGCAUGCAGGGGAGGUGCUGGCGCUGGCGCACUUUCUGGAUGAGACAUGGGCGCAGCGGCCGGCGCGGCGCAUCGAAGCCUCCCCCUGGUACGAGGCCGCCAACGCCCUCGCCUCGCGCCUGCUCGGCCAGCACACCCGCUCAGCCCCCAAGGAUUCCUUGGGGCCGGUGUCGCGCGUGGUGAGCACGGUGCUGGGCUCAGAGCAUGCGGUGGGACAGAUGCUGCGCGCGGCCGCGGAGGCCAACCUGUCAGCCGCCAGUCGCACCGCCCUGCGCGAGAGGGAACACAUCCAGCAGGCGGAGUUGGCGGCGGCGCUGAUAGAGGAGGAGUGGCCGGACGAGGCGGAGUCGGCGGCUGCGCGGGCCGAGGCGCGCGAGGCGGCCACGCCCGUGCCGGAGCGCGUGUGGGCGCUGCGCAACGUGGGCUCCACGCUUGCGCUGGGCGGCCCCGGGGAGAGAGCACGCGCACGCCAGAUGCUGGAGAAGGCCGCGCUGCUGAAGGCCGACUGGGUCGGCGGCUCGCGCCACCCCGGUGUGUUGCCAGAGUUGGAUGCGCUGGGAGGCCUGUUUGAGGCAAACGAGGAGUGGCGGGAAGAUGCCAGCGCCGUGCGGGCGCGCAUGCUCGGCAUCCUGUCAGAGGUCGCCGAUCGAUAUUUCAACCUUGGCGAGUCCACAAGUGCGUGCGCGUUGCUUGAAGCGGCCAUGCGUGAGUACGAGGAGGUCGUGGGACUGAAGCACCCGGCAGUCAAGGCUGCCUUCCGCCGCUCAGAGAAGCUGCUCAGCUCCCUUCCAGAGGACGAACGAGCCAAGGUGGCGGCCGCCAGGCGGGCAGUGCCCAACUUCAUGCAAGAAGUGAUUAAUGCGUUCAAUGAGGAGCCGGCGGUACAGAGAGUGGGAGAGGUCAGGAGCAAAUCCGGGGUCUGGGAUGAGGGCGGCCUGGCACCCCUGCCUCAGCUGUUAUCAUUGCAAUGA